CCUCCCAGCCUCGCUCCCCCAGCCUGUCUGUUCAUGCACAGUCCUGACCCGCGGCUGGGUCACCUCCAUCCCCACUCCUUCCCCACUCCAGGGGGAAGACUCCCCCUGGGCUGAAGGUGUAUAAUUUGCUUCCUCAGGCCGUCGUGGAGCCAUGGGGCCAGGUCACGCCUGCCCGCAGCUGCCGGCCUUCGCAUCCCUGGGCACCGAGGUCUGAAAGUCGACCCGGCUGGACCAGCCGAGCCCCUGGAGGACAUGGCUGAGCAGCAGCAGAUGAAAACUUCCUUCCUCUCCGUGCAGCUGCGGCCCACCCCGGCGCGCGCCCGCCCCGCCCUGGCUCCCGCCCGGACUGCGGCCGCAGGGGGCCCGGAAGAGGGACGCUCUCUCUCGGGUCCCGGGACCGGCUUCUCGGCAGGCCGGGCCCUCGGGCUCCCGCGGGGCCCGGCUGCCCCUCCCCCGCAGAGGCAGGGCCGUGGGACAGAGGCACCAGCUGCUCCCAGUUGCUCUGCUCCCGACGAGGGGAAAGAGGGAGAGAAGAAAACCCGGGACGUGGAUGCAAGGAGGGGGCGCGCUCGCAGAUCCCCUGCCUCCGGGACCCGUGGACGGCGGCAGCCCCGGCCAUGCAGACCCCCUAGCCCGGCUCGCGGCAUGGGCGACGGUGGCCGCAGUCCCUCCGCGGGCUGGAAGCCCUGGCCGGGCGGUCCUGCCCCGCGGCACGUGUGGGGCACGGACCCGAAGGCUCAGGACGCCGUGGGAGGCUCCCUUCCCCAGCCCCUGGCUGCCGCCGCCGCGGCUGAAAGCCCCCGGUCCGGGGGAAGUGGCGAGGCGCCGGCACCCCGCCCGGAGCGCCCGCGGAGCGCUGAGGGCUCGGGCACGUCCACGCGGCCCAGGAGCGCCAGGCUCGGCAGGCAUCGUGCGCUCCUCCAGACCAGCAGGAGCUGCCCGGCCCCACCUGCCGCCCUGCCUCUCAAGGCAGAGACAUUUGUUUGGGUUAACAGUGCAUCAGCACAUUCCCAGAGUGUUGCCAAGGCCAAAUAUGAAUUUUUAUUUGGCAGAUCUGAAGAGAAAACUCCAGAUACUAGUGAUCAUGGAGGAAGCACUUUACUCCCCCCGAAUGUCACAAAUGAAUUUCCAGAAUAUGGGACCAUGGAGGAAAGUGGAGAAGGCCUAAGAGCCUCUCUCGAGUUUGAUGCCGAGUCUCUGCCGUGCUGCCCUCAGGUGCAGCAGAGGGUCCAGUCUCUUGCUGGCCAUCCCUCUGGGCUUCUCAGCGUUACCGGAGGACCAAAAGAUGUCAGAGAGGUCCCCUCUCAGAGUCAUCUCAAGGAACAGAGUUUACAACCCAUUGACUCUUUGAUUUCAGCUCUGAAAGCCACAGAAGCCAGAAUAGUUUCAGGAACAUUGCAGGCUACAAAGGUACUGGAUGGAGAUGCGGUUUCUACUUUUUUAGUUCAGCAGGUGGAACAAGAGCCAGACCCUGCCAGUCAUAAAACACAGAGAGCCAACACACUGUUCCCUGCUGGCCGAGAAAAGUCACCCGAUAUACCUCUUUCAGCUGAAGUUACGACUGAGGAAGGUUUUUAUUUGAGCAUCCAGGAGGACCUGACUGCACUAUUAACUGGAGAAACUCAAGCAGAGCUUUCCCUAAGAGCUAAUAAUGGGACAAAGGGGGCUGUCCAUGUGCAGGAGCCAGCUUGUCCAGCAUCCUCCGUGGGGAGCCCCGUGACCCACAGCUCAGUGGGAAGUGCUGGUUUAUUGAGAGAGAGGAGAUCUGAUCAGGGGAGAGAGCACCCAGAGCAAUGUGGUCGAGGCAGCUCCUCAGGACGCCCAGGCCAGGUCAAACAUGUGGAAUUUCAAGGGGUGGAAAUAUUGUGGACAGGAGGGGAGAAAAGAGGGACAUGGCAACCUGUGGAUUUUCAGACAUCAUUGGAAAGGACAACCCCUCCUGAAAGCAAAGAGUUUUCUAAAGUGCCAGGCCAUCUCAUCUCAUCUGCUGGUUUGUGUGAUUCAGCUGGUUUAACUGAGAGUGUUUGGGAUGACACCUGGAGAGCUCCUUCAGAGAGGCUGGCCACUGGCUCAGGGCCAUUUCUGCCUGAGCCUCUUCAUGAGAGUGGAGAGGAUGAAGUCUUCCUAAGGGAAAACAAGGAACAUCUUGAGACGAAACCUGAAUUGGAGAGAGACAGGGAAAGGAUUCUUGAGCAAGAGGAGCACUUUCGGGCCAGAGAUGAUGAUAUCCUUGGGUCUGGUUGUGCAGAGGACUCCACUGAUGUGUACAGCUCCCAGUUUGAAACCAUUUUGGACAACACUUCUUUAUACUACAGUGCUGAGUCCUUGGAGACUUUAUAUUCAGAGCCUGAUAGCUAUUUUAGCUUUGAAGUGCCCCUCACUCCAAUGAUACAACAGCGCAUUAAAGAAGGUGGUCAGUUCCUGGAGAGGACAUCAAUGGGAGGACAGCAGGACGUCCUGAGCAUCUCUGCAGAUGGUGGAAUAGUGAUGGGCUAUUCUGGUGGGAUCACCAAUGGGCUGAGUGGCUCCAGUAACUCCACCUACACGAAAGGCACCCCAGAGAUUGCUUUCUGGGGAAGCAAUGCUGGGAUGAAAACAACACUGCUAGAGGCUCAUUCUGAAAUGGGGAGUACUGAAAUUCUGGAAAAGGAAACCUCAGGAAGUCUCAGUAAUGGUACCAGCAGCAACGUAGAAGCAGCCAAAAGGUUGGCCAAACGUCUUUAUCAACUAGACAGAUUCAAAAGAUCGGAUGUGGCAAAGCACCUAGGCAAGAACAAUGAAUUUAGCAAACUAGUUGCGGAAGAAUAUUUGAAGUUUUUUGAUUUUACAGGAAUGACACUGGAUCAGUCUCUCAGGUAUUUCUUUAAAGCAUUUUCUCUUGUGGGAGAAACCCAAGAACGAGAGAGAGUUUUAGUACACUUCUCCAAUAGAUAUUUUUAUUGUAACCCUGAUACCAUUGCUUCACAAGAUGGAGUCCAUUGCCUCACCUGUGCAAUGAUGCUUCUUAACACAGAUCUCCAUGGCCAUAAUAUUGGAAAGAAGAUGACCUGCCAAGAGUUCAUUGCAAACCUCCAAGGGGUAGAUGAGGGUGGUGAUUUCUCCAAGGAUCUACUGAAAGCUCUGUACAACUCAAUCAAGAAUGAGAAGCUUGAAUGGGCAGUAGAUGAUGAAGAGAAAAAAAAGUCUCCGUCAGAAGGUACUGAUGAGAAGGCUAAUGGAACACAUCCAAAGACCAUCAGCCGUAUUGGGAGUACUACCAACCCAUUCUUGGACAUUCCUCACGACCCAAAUGCUGCUGUGUACAAAAGUGGUUUCUUGGCUCGGAAAAUCCAUGCAGAUAUGGAUGGAAAGAAGACUCCAAGAGGAAAGCGAGGAUGGAAGACCUUUUAUGCUGUACUAAAGGGAACAGUUCUUUACUUGCAAAAGGAUGAAUAUAAGCCGGAAAAGGCCCUGUCGGAAGAGGACCUGAAAAACGCUGUGAGUGUGCACCACGCACUGGCAUCCCGGGCCACGGACUACGAGAAGAAACCCAAUGUGCUCAAACUGAAAACUGCCGAUUGGAGGGUCUUGCUUUUUCAAGCCCAGAGUCCAGAGGAAAUGCAAGGGUGGAUAAACAAAAUUAAUUGUGUUGCAGCUGUAUUUUCUGCACCACCAUUUCCAGCAGCCAUCGGAUCUCAGAAGAAGUUUAGUCGUCCACUUCUGCCUGCCACCACUACAAAAUUGUCUCAGGAGGAACAGCUGAAAUCUCACGAGAGCAAGCUGAGGCAGAUCACCACAGAGCUAGCCGAGCACCGCUCCUACCCACCUGACAAGAAGGUUAAAGCCAAGGAGGUAGAUGAGUACAAACUCAAAGAUCACUAUCUGGAGUUUGAGAAAACCCGCUAUGAGAUGUAUGUCCGCCUUCUGAAAGAGGGGGGCCUGGAGCUGCUGAGUAGCAGCGGUGGAGGGGGCGCCGUGGGCCUGAAGAAGUCGCACUCCAGCCCCUCGCUGAACCCAGAUGCAUCUCCGGUCACCGCCAAGGUCAAGCGAAACGUGUCGGAAAGGAAAGACCACCGACCUGAAACUCCAGGCAUUAAGCAAAAAGUCACUUAGAAUCCAUCUGCGGCCAGGAAGUGCUGGUCGUGGAGCAAAAUAGAGUUUUUCAAGAUCUUUCUGGUGAAUCCGUGAAUAUAUUUAAAACAAAGUCUGUGACUAAAUGGUGCAUUAGUAACCUUUCCUAUUGUAUAUUUUUGUUAGUUUCUGUACAGAUUGUCUCUUUGCUCUUGAUUUCUUUGCUUUGAUGAUUUCUGCUACCUGAUAACUAAUGCACCUUUUGUGAGGGGAGGGGAUCAUGAUUUCAGAAUGGAUUAUGUAUCGCUUCUCCCUCAGGGUUCUCUCAUUUGCACUCUGCUCAGUUUUGUGUGUUCUCAAAUCAGCUGUUAACACUUUUUAUAAAGGUUAAAGAUUUAAUCCAUUGUGAAACACUUAACUGGACAAACUUUGUAGUUUAGAAAAUUCUAGCCAGAGUUAAUAUAAGCCUUUUCAUGUGAAAUCUUGCCCAGUCACAGAGGUAGAAUCCAGCUCUCGCGCUCGCAGAAGUUCAGUUAAGAGUUACACUCACGGGAGGUGCCACUCCCCUGUGAGGCCUCAUGCAUCUGAGUGCUUAGUGUUGAGUCCGGCCCUGCUGGUGGGGGUAGAGGGGGGCAAGGACCUCAGGCCUGGGGAAUUUAAGAAGCACGUUAGCUCGCUUGAAGUGUAGAUUCCAUUUCAGCCAAGCAAGGAAGGAGGAAGUGGCGUCUUUUGAAGGCUGAGGCAAGGUGGCCCCAAGUUCAUUUUGUUUUCUAAAGGAUGGUGGCAACAAUGGACUCUUGGGGGCUGCAGCAGCGAGAUGUGUUUUUGAUCUGCAGGAAGUUGUUACCCCACUCCCACAGCGUCUAGACAAGGAAUCCAGAGCCAUCUGUGGUGGAUACCCUGCCAUCCGGGAAUUAGGUUCUUUUAUAUAUAUAGGCAUGGUGUU